AUGAGCUUAAUAUUUCUGUCGACGCUUGCGUCGACGAACUCUCUGGCAGCUGUGCGAUUCUCGCGUCCUGUCCACGUCUCAUCCUUGCGCAUAAUACCCUCUUCUCUGGCACCAUUUCCCAGCUUGGCCGAUUUUUCGUCCGAAACCGAACCUGCGUCGUUCUCAUUAGACGUCUUCUUCAAUUGGCAGACUUUGCCAUCUGGGAACGAGAAACCCCGCCCUUCGAACGUAUUGCUGCACUCUACGUUGCAAAAUGCUGGGAACGAACUACAGUAUGAGAUUGAUUCAAGUGAAGAAGUAUUGGUCACGAGGUUGCUUAUCCUCAAGGGGGCAUUCAGCUCUAUAACUUUGGCAGUUUAUGGCCGGGAUGCAUCCGAACCGAAGAAAGAGGAUGAACUUGAAAUGGAGGAAUCCUACAUCCCUGCCCCAACAUACGUUCCCGUACCACUGCCGGAGCCGUUGACGACACCGCUGCCCGCAGAUCUCGAUCCCAGUCGUAUCACUGACCCACUCACAUUGUGUCGCCGUCUUUUGGGUGCCGGGUCUGCCAAUGCAGAUGUUAUUUCUCUGAUGAGGCGAAAUCUCAAUGCAUUUCCACCAUCAUCCAACAACACCACGUUGGAUCAACUGCUAUCCAGCUACGAGAUAGGAGAUGACUGGAUGAGGGAGUUGAUCCAAGCGCUUCAACGCCCCAUCAAUCCUUCUGAUGUCACAUCGGAAGCGUUGCAGAAUAUAGAAGAACACUUACUGGAGUGUAUCACUCAAUCGCUGCCUGCCGAAUUGAUUGGCCAAUUGAUCUCUGUUCUGAGCGUGCAAUCCUCGGUCCUUGUUGACAGUCUGCUCCCAUUAAUUCUGGAAUCAGCCACUGACCCAUCAAUAUAUCCAACUCUACUGGAGGCAUCGGCCAACGAUAAUAUAUCCGACAGUAUUCGUCAUGUCAAGUUCCCUCCAGGCUUAGACCCGGCGAUAUAUCAUCAGAUGAACCAAAACGCCCACAUGUGGGAGGCUCUACGAGAAGGCGAGACAGAUCUCUCGUGGAUCACAGCGAAUAUGUGGCUUCCGGGCUUCCUUCCGUCUAUACUCGAAGUGCUUGGCGAUACCGAAGAUCUCAGCGCCUGGCCUCUGAAUGCAAAGCUGGCAAUCUCUGUGGCCAGCCUCUUGGCGUUGGCUACCGACUCUGACAAUGACAUCGCGGCGAUGAAGGCGGCUGCGAUACUGGAACUGUGGUUAGCCAAUACCACAGUUGUUGAGGUCCUACAUGAGGCCCUUGAGCAUCAGAACAUACAAGAAAAUCUGUCAUCUUCUCCAGCUCGUUCGCUACUGGAGAAAGUACACAGUGUGGCCGUUUCUUUGUCAAAUCAGCGCAAUGGGACGAGCUCAUCCAUCAAUGGACAUGGUGGAACGAGUGUACCCAGCGGUGAUCUCGACAUGGCGGCAGAAUACCUGACACUGGCCUCCAAGCGAUGGCCCGCCAAGAGCACCCAACAGCUGCAAGCUUAUCUUCAAACCUUGUAUACAAGGGUAGCGGCCGACCGGGACAGCCGCCCCAUUACCCACGCCUUUUGGCGACGAAAUACGUCUGCAGUGCAAUGCAUUAUUCUUCUCUUGCUGGAUGCGACGCGACGAUUAUCCGAUCAGAACUGGGAGCUCAGCGAUGCGACCUCAGCCCGCGAUCUCGUCGCCACAGCCCUAUUGACCGUUCGGAUUCUGCAUCACAUGGUGCCCGAGUUCGGCAUCUUAUCCGGCAUGGUCCCUCUCGUUAUUCGUGCCCUAGUGUCGCUCCUCAUCUCCCUGCGACAACCAACAUACGCAACCAGAUACGCGACUGAACCUACCAUUCGCGCUGAAUGCGAACGUUUGGUUGAGCUCAUUUCCGAUGUAGAUGAUGAUGGCAUCUUCGUACAUUCUGGUGCUGAUGUGAUUCUCCCCGUCUUGUUACAAGAGUCCCUUCGUUGGGAUGAAGGUAUCGAUCCGAUGAGUAGGAUUUCGGCAUCUGCCGACCUCUUGAUAGUCCUGUUGAAUGUUGAUCACAGCUCCAAGGCUCGAAGCCAAGCAUGGGCAAAUCAGCUUAUUCACGAGCUACCGAUGCUACAUUUCUUGCUCAUCGCUUUGGAUGGUUCGAGGUUGAGGCAAAUAGUAGACAUCAUAUGCGACAUCGAUGACGGAGAGUUUGGCAUUGUUGAUUGGCUGGUUUUGGAACGACUUGCCUCAAUCGAACAGGAGGCCUCAGUCGUGGGAACAGAAUAUGGACAGCCAACCAACCAAGUCUCGACCGCGUUCUUCAACUUCCGGGUAGAACGAUCUCUGGAAUUCAUGACCAGUCUGGGUCUUCCUCAGCUUGACGCGUACAUGGAGCCGGGACAUCCCAUUGCACCUGCCAUGGCCAAAGGACUGUGGGAGAUAUGGGAUCGGCCCAUCAAGCUCUCCAACAGUCUCGCCGAACAAAUUCUCUCUCGAAGUACAGCCGACGAUACACUGAGGCCAGUGGCUGUUGCAAUUCUGAUCGCCACCAAUUCUACAAGCGAGGCGGGCAAUGCCAUCAUUGAUGUGCUCCCGAAGCUCGUCCCCUUGCUAAAUGGCCUUGAAUCCAGCGUCGUUCAGAAAGAAGAGCAACUGCUUCGCGCUGUUGGCGCAGCAAUAGCAUUCUUACCCGAGCUCGAGGAGCAGAUCACGGUCGAAUGGCAGCGCGGUGAAGUCACACUGGAGUUCGCUAUCACUCUACUCCAGACUACGCUGGGUUUCUUUCCAAACACCGAUGGCGUGAUCACAGGGAUACCGGUGCCGACGCUGUCCGAAGGUACCGCUGCCCGAUUCAAGGGAUUGGUCGAAGUGCUUCUCGAUGCAGAGAGGGCCUUAACCUUGACGAAGUUGUUGACUCGCCUGUCGCUGCCACUCAUCUCUACUCCACUGCCCGAGCCAGCAUCGAGCUCGCUCUUGAUCGGAUCAGCGCUCCCCACGCUCGUUCAAGCAGAAGUUGCUCGUCCACCCAGCACGCCUCUGUCAAGACCUUUGAGUGGGCUGGAUGGCGGUGUCAAGACGGCACCACCAUCAGCACGUAAGUCAAGCCCACUUGCUUCACUCGCCAAAAACUACUCGAACAACGACUUCCGCGAGCUUCGCACGCUUCCUCAAGCGCGGCUGAACACUAGCCGACCUCCGAGUCGUCACGUCGACGACUUUGAGCAUACCGUCGAGGAGGCGGUCACCACAUCGAUGCCAAGUGCCAUACCCACGCUGGGGUCAGCAGCGCUGCCAUCUAUUCCUGUUCCUGGCGUGUUGCCCGGUGGAGGAAUGCCGUUCUAUACCGGUUGA